AUGGGCACUAAUCCGAAGUGUUUGCUCAGUUCGCCGCAUCAGCUCAAGCACAAAGGAGUAUUAAAUAUAUAUGAGGAUCUCAUUUUCUGCCUGCAAGCAAGCACAGCCUCUGCAGGUGAAUUUUCCCCGGGGGCUGAACAUGGAUCAAUUUAUUCUGGGCCGGAGCCGGAAGGACAAGAUAAAAUGCAAGUUUACAAAGGCUUAAAUAUAGCAACCAAUAAAGUGACAGAAGAGGAAUGUAGGGGAGUCCCUCACCAUUUGUUGGGAAUAGUUGAUCCUGAUGCAGACUUUGCAGCCGUCGAUUUCGUGAAUCAUGCGUUGAUCGCUGUUGAUUCGAUUACGAGAAGGGGUCGGUUGCCUAUCAUUGCUGGAGGGUCUAAUUCUUACAUCAAGGCUUUGGUGAAUGAUGAUAUGGAAUUCAAGUCAAAGUAUGAAUGUUGUUUCCUAUGGGUGGACGUAUGGAUGCCUGUCCUUCACUCGUUCGUAUCGAAAAGGGUCGAUCAAAUGGUGGUCGCUAGUUUGAUUGAUGAAGCAAGAGAAUUCUUCGAUCCUGAAGGUAAUUACACACGUGGGAUCAAACGUGCUAUCGGAGUACCAGAACUAGAUGAAUUUUUUCGAAAUGAGUCAAUUCUUGACAAUGAUACAAGGUCUAGGCUCCUUGAGGAUGCUAUUGAUAAAAUUAAGGCAAACACUUGCAAAUUGGCUUGUCACCAACUACAAAACAUUCUUAGGCUUCGAAAUGAAUCGAAGUGGCACAUUAACUAUUUGAAUGCAACCGAAGCCUUCCUCAAAAGGGGCUCGGAAUCAGUUGAAGCUUGGGAAAGGCUCGUGGCCAGGCCAGCCACCAGGAUCGUGGGUCGCUUUCUAUGCGAAGAUGACAUGGAUUUCAUGUCAGCAAUUGCCGUGCCACCUCCUAUCUAUAAAAUCAUUGAAAUGCCUCAGGGCAUCCGGAGUUCAAACAUUAUCACUUAUUUUAACCAUUGUGUUUAA